UAGAGUUAGCGUUUGCGAAUCAGCAAUUAGCGAUUCACGUGUGAGGAUUGAAGUCAAACUAGCGUCCUUUCACUUCAGCGUUGUGUGGUUUGACUGUUUUAGACAAUCUUGUUCUGCUUUUCAUUAACCUGAAUUAUUAUAAAUAAGAUGGCUGAUAAAGAUAGUGGUGACGAAGAGGAAUUAACAAUUGCAGACGAUGUUGUUGUUACCAAAUACAAAAUGGCUGGUGAUAUUACCAAUGGAGUCCUUAAAGCUAUUAUAGCUGAAUGCAAAGAUGGAGCUUCAGCUAGAGCAAUUUGUGAACUGGGUGAUAAACUUAUUUUAGAAGAAACUAACAAGAUCUACAAAAAGGAAAAAGAACUAAAGAAAGGUAUUGGUUUUCCCACGUGCAUAUGCAUCAACAAUGUUGUAUGUCAUUUCUCUCCACUACAAAGUGAAACUGACAUGAUAUUAAAAACUGGAGACCUUGUUAAAAUAGAUUUAGGUACACAUGUUGAUGGAUUUAUUGGUGGAGUUGCACAUACUCUUGUUGUUGGUGCAUCUAAAGAGAACAAAGUUACUGGAAGAAAAGCUGAUGUACUUCUUGCAGCAUAUUAUGCUGGUGAAGUAGCUCAAAGGCUUGUAAAACCUGGAAAUAAUAACAAUCAAGUUACGGAAGCAAUAACAAAAGUAGCAGAAGAAUUUAAAUGCAAACCAGUUGAAGGAAUGUUAUCACAUCAAUUGAAACAAAAUGUGAUUGAUGGAGAAAAAACUAUUAUUCAAAAUCCUAAUGAUGCACAGAAGAAAGAUCAUAAAAAGUGUGAAUUUGAAUUGCAUGAGGUAUAUGCUAUUGACGUGCUGCUAAGUACUGGAGAUGGUAAAGCUAAGGAGAGAGAAACUCGAACUACUGUGUACAAAAGGACUGACAUGAAUUACAGUUUAAAAAUGAAAGCAUCAAGAAAUUUUUACAGUGAAGUUUGCAACAAGUUUACUAUGAUGCCUUUUACCUUAAGAGCUUUUGAAGAUGAAAAAAAGGCUAGGCUUGGUGUAAAUGAGUGCACUAAUCAUGAGUUAAUUACACCUUACCCUGUACUUUAUGAAAAAGAUGGUGAAUAUGUUGCACAAUUUAAAUUUACUGUAUUACUUAUGCCUAAUGGACCACUUAGAAUUACCCAUGGCACUUGGGAUCCUGAGUUAGUUCAAUCAGAAUACAGCAUAAAAGAUGAAGAACUUAAGAAAAUAUUGUCUUCUCAAGUAAAUAAAAAAAAUCAGAAGAAGAAAAAGAAAAAGGUACCAACUCAACCAACCAGUGAUACAACCUCAAAGAAUUCAACGGAUUCCUCGCUAAUAACUCCACCUGUCGCCUCUUAGUAAAAACAAAGUAUUUAUCCUGGCUUACACUGUUUCAUAUAAAUAGACCUUUUUGGCUACAUAUUUGGAAAUAAUUGGUUGCAUAAUACAUGAGCAUUGAUGUUCCAGCAAUACAUUAGUUUCAAUAUUCAAUAAACUUCUUAAGUUUUUUACAUUAACAUUUUUUCUUUUAUAAUUGAAUUUGGUUAUUUUUCUGUUUUUAAAGUAGAAUUAUAUAUUAUUGCAAGAAGUUCGUGAUUAUGUGAAGUGCUUUUAAAAAUACUGUUUUAUCAAACCAAAUAUUAUUACCCUCAGCAAAUAAUAUUUUUAGAACAAUCUUUUUAUUAUAUAUAUAAAUGUAUUUAUUACUUAUUGAAAGGGUGUAUGUAACUUUGUAUUCUCAUGUAGUACUGAGAUGCCAAUAUUUUUUCCUCAAUAAAUAAGUUAAAGUAAA